AUGCGGGGGAACAUCCCGCAGCAAGCGUUCAUUGGUUUCACGGCAUCGACGGGGGAAGGCCAUCACCUACAUCGUAUCCUGAGCUGGAACUUGACAGUCGAAAAGCUUCCCGAUCACCGAGCCGUCCGACAACGGAAGAUGGUGCUGUCCGCAGUUCUUGCGUCAGCGGCCGCCACCGUCGUCAUAAUAUCUGUCGCGGUCUUCUACUUCUACAUGAGGUACAAGGCCCUGAAGAUGGAGCUGAAGCUGUCCGAGGCUCUUCGGCGACUUCCCGGCACGCCCAAGGAGUUCAAGUACGCCAUGAUCAGGAAAGCCACAAACAACUACGACGAGGCAAGGAAGCUAGGCAAAGGCGGGUCCGGCGCAGUGUACAGGGGAACGCUGCGCCUCCGGUCAGACAAGACGUGCCAGCUGGUGGACGUAGCUGUGAAGAAGUUCACGCGCAAUCGAGACCGCUGCUAUGAUGACUUCCUCGCUGAGGUCGACGUUAUCAACCGGCUGCGCCAUCGGAAUGUCGUGCCGCUCAUUGGUUGGUGUUAUGAGAAAGGGGAGCUCCUGCUUAUAUACGAGUAUAUGCCAAAUGAUAGCCUAGACCAGUACCUCUUUGAGGAAAACCCUCGGCUCCAGCGGCGCAUCUUAGGUUGGAAUACCCGCUACGACAUCAUCGUGGAUGUAGCCGCGGGGCUUCACUACGUGCAUCACGAGCACGAACACAUGGUGAUCCACCGCGACAUAAAAGCGAGCAACAUCAUGCUUGACUCUUCCUUUCAUGGCCACCUCGGUGACUUUGGCCUUGCGCGCAUCGUCACUUUGAACAAGAACUCCUACACAGAUGUGGGUGUCGCCGGCACUUGGGGCUUCAUCGCGCCAGAGUACUCAGUCUGCCACAAGGCCACUCGCAAGACUGACGUCUAUGCCUUUGGGGUGCUAGUCCUCGAGAUUAUCACCGGAGAACGGGCACUUGCUGGGAACCAUGACUAUGGGACGCUUCAACCGCUCACCGACUGGGUCUGGUGGGUUCACCGGGAGGGAAGGUUGCUCCAUGCGGUGGACGACAAAUUCUCUUCCACGCAAGAGUUUGAUCCCAAAGAUGCUACUCGCUUGUUGCUUCUUGGACUGGCAUGUAGUAGCAACCCAAACCCGUCUGACCGACCAAGCAUGGCCGAGGUAGUGCAAGUCCUAGCCAAAUCGGUGCCGCCACCAGAAGUACCACUUGUGAAACCUGCAUUCGUCUGGCCACCUGAAGGUGGGAUCCCCAUGGAAUUUGACGACAUGAUGGCAACGAGCAGCCUCGACUGGGAGGACAUGUCUAGCAGUGAAGCCCUAGGGGCAAGCGUACCAUCAGAGGUGAAUAGGCGUAAGGGUCGUGUUGGGCAUUCGAACACAGCUGGAUCAGUUGAGGUGUAUUAUGUGUAG